GAUUGUCGCAGCCUCCCAGACGAUGAUGACUGCUGCUGGUUCGCUGGUGCGUGGCUCCCCUGAGUCCUGUGCCAGAGAUGUAGGCUGCGCCCCCGCCUCGACCUGUUCCCCAGCAGUCACUCGUCUUUCCAGUGCUGGCCCUGUGUCUGGGUGUCAGGCCUCGAGCCUCCUCCCCGGGACUCACCUGUCCCCGGGGUGCCCGGCACCCUGCUACCUGGCUGUGGGCUGUGACGGUGGCUGCCUGGUGGAGAAUGGCCCUUGGUGUGAAGACGGAGCCUUCAACAGCCACGAGAAGGAGACCAUGCAGUUCCUGAAUGACAGAUUAGCCAACUACCUGGAGAAGGUGCGCUGCCUGGAGGAGGCCAACGCAGAGCUGGAGAGCAAGAUACAAGGACAGUGCGAGCCUGAUGCCCUGGUUGUGUGCCCCGAUUACCAGUGCUACUUCGACACCAUCGAAGACCUCCAGCAAAAGAUCUUAUGCACAAAGGCGGAGAACUCCAGGCUCGCUGUGCAACUUGACAACCGCAAACUGGCCGUGGAUGACUUCAGGUCAAGGUACGACAGCGAGCUGUCCCUGCGGCAGCUGUUGGAGAAUGACAUUAGCGGCCUGCGGGGGAUCCUGGGCGAGCUGAGCCUGUGCAGGUCCGACCUGGAGGCGCAGGUGGAAUCGCUGAAGGACGACCUCUUGUGCCUCAAGAAAAGCCACCAAGAGGAGGUCAGCGUGCUUCGUGCACAGCUUGGAGAUCGACUCAAUGUGGAGCUGGACAUGGCCCCCACCGUGGACCUCAACGGGGCCCUGGAAGAGAUGCGGCGGCAGUAUGAGACGGUGCUGGCCAACAACCGCAAGGAGGCGGAAGAGUGGUUCUCGGCCCAGGCAGAGGAGCUGAGCCAGCAGCAGCUGUCCAGUGCUGAGCAGCUGCAGGGGUGCCAGGUGGAGAUCCUGGAGCUAAAGCGCACAGCCAACACGCUGGAAAUCGAGCUGCAGGCGCAACAGAACCUGACCGACUCUCUGGAAUGCACCAUGGCCGAAACUGAGGCCCAGUACAGCACCCAGCUGGCCCAGAUGCAGGGCCUGAUCGACAACGUGGAGACCCAGCUGGAGGAGAUCCGAUGUGACCUGGAGCGGCAGAACCAGGAGUACCAGGUGCUGCUGGACACCAAGGCCCGACUGGAGCAGGAGAUCGCCACCUACCGCCGCCUGCUGGACAGGGAGGACAGCAGGCUCGCCAGUAGCCCCUGUUCUGUGGUGAUGCCCUCGUCCGGCAACCCUUGUGAGCCCGGCUCGGCCUACAUCCUUUGCACCGUGGAAAACUGCUGUGCGUGAAAAAUGGAAAAAUCGAAGCCAGUAGCCCUGGCAAAAACAGAGCCGCAGACAGCGACAAACAGCGACAGCCAAACCGAAAACACCAGACUGCGGUCUCUCCAACCCUAAGACUCUGCACCUGCAGCCCUGGCUAUUCGUCCCCUCUUCCCCUUGAAGCUCUUUUGUGGUCAUCUGGGAGCCCAGAAAGCUUUCUUGCUAACCUUGGAAUAAAAUGUGCUUCGCUCCUUUUGCAUGGAAAA